ACCCAUCUUCGAGCAAUGCGGCUCCCCAGGCGGAACUGCAUGAGUGAGUUCAUGGGACUGAUUAAGGGCAAUUACGAAGCCAAGGAGGAUGGAUUUGCCCCUGGCGGCGCCUCUCUCCACUCGAUGAUGACUCCCCACGGCCCUGAUUACAAGUGUUUCGAAGGCGCCUCAAAUGGAGAACUGAAACCAGUGCGAGUUGCUGAUGGCACACGGGCUUUAAUUUGUUCGAGUCAUCGCUGAGUUUGGCAGUGACCAAGUGGGGAGAGGAAACGUGCCAGAAGUUGGAUCACACCUAUUACGAAUGCUGGCAGCCUUUGAAGAAGCACUUUGACCCCAAUUGGAAGCCUCAAUAAUUUAACAAAAAUAAUAUUAAGAAUAAAAUAAUGGUGGUAGUUCAUAUAUUUACAUGAAUAAAAACUUGCUCGGAUUUGAUUUACCAUUAACAAAAUGAUUAGCUUUAUUUAAUAUGUUACAAAUAUUUAUAUACGGCCUUUGCACGGUAUUAUGUAUAAUUUGAUAGCCAAGAAGCAGUAUCAACAGAGAUUACAAUAUGAUAUAUACUUUUCCUGAAAUAUAUUUCUGCAUCUUUGUCCAA